GGUGUCGCACUUCAAAGUCGUUGCAUUUCUAGAUACACGCAGACGCAGUUGCUUUGAGGAGAUAUUUGAGAUACAAGAGGAAUAAAGAUGACGAGCGGUGUGCCCGCUGGUUCUCUAUACAAAUUCCUUUCACACAAACGAAAGGUGCUCAGCCUCUAUAAGCGAUCUCUUCGCCAUCUAGAAUGUUGGUGUGCCGAUCAGUAUGGUUAUGGUCGUACUGGUUUUUGUUACGAACGCACACUGUUGCGGGCAAGAUUUGAUAAGUACAAAAAUGAGACCGAUUUCAAACGUGCGACCCAACUUCUGCGCCUUGGUGAAGAGGAGUUUUGGGAAAACCAGCACCCAUUUCCUUUGAUCUUCCCAGAGGAGCCAGGUGGUGUAAUGUAUGAGAGAAGUUGGACACAUCAGCUACCAGAAACGACGAUGGAUCACUGGGAACCACAACAAAAGGCGAUGUUUCCAGACUACUUUGACAAGCGUGAAAAAUGGUGCGAGACAAGAAUGAAAACCUGGCCAGAUGAAAUGAAAUGGUUAAAGGAGUCUGACAAACAAAACAUUGAAAAGGGUGUUUCACUUACAGAUGAGUUGCCCGCUGCCAAGGAGAAAGAUGGUUAUCCUCCUUUUUGGUGGAAAACCGUCACUAGGGCACUGGAAAGACCGAAAGUAAUGACUUGGUUUCCUAAGGAUCAAGAUUCUUAUUGAGUAGUUCAUUUUUCCUCACUUGAAGUUUCAAACAAUGUUAAACUAAAAAUGUGUUAUUUAAUGAUUGAUGUGGAACCGCAAAUAUAAUUAUAUUUUAUUUGACAAGUGAAAUAUAUAAUUAAUAAAAAAUAAACUAUUUCUUUGGCGUAUUUGUUUUGUGACCCUUAUCUUAAAGUAAAAAGCCAAAACUAUAAUGCAUUUGUUUAG